GGGACGGGCAGGAAGAGAGAAGGAGGGGGACUCUUCCAGCUGUUUUUCUAAUAGCAGAGUGGAGAGAAAGUGAGAGGGGGAUAGUCAAAGAAGUGCUAAACAGCCUGAUAGGGUGGAAGCUAGCAAGUUAAAGAGACAAAGGAUGGGGUUAAAGUAGGGAACAGAAGAGAAAGAGGAAGAAGAGUUCAUCCUGGAAUGACUGUGAACUAAAAUAUCUAGAAUAUCUCAGCUGACGGUGGGGAGAGCAAGAAAGACACAUUCCCAAUAAUGGCAAGCCUUCCCAAAGAGCCGCCCGAGGAUGCCAAGAAACAGAGCUUCUGGAUGCCGGGGAAUUAUGUGCGUACAGUGCACCGAACUGAACAGUCCUUCCAGGCCUGCAAUGACAUUGUGGCCUGCUUCAUGGAGAGAGCGAAGGUAGAAAAACAGUACGCCCAGCAGCUCAACCAGUGGAGCAGCAAGUGGAAGUCCAUAGUGGAUUCUCGGCCACUUUACGGCUCCCUCAUGAGGGCGUGGCAGUGUUUCUUCACCUCCACUGAGCGCUUGUCCACCCUCCACUCUUCCAUCUCCCAGUCACUCAUGGCAGAGGAAAGGGACCGGGUGAAGACCUGGCAGAAGGAGACCUUUCCAAAGAAAAUCUUCUGUGGGUUCAGGGAGAGCUACGACAACAACACAAGUUUUUCACGUGCGCAGAAACCCUGGUCCAAAAAGCUGAUGAAGCUGGAGAAGGUCCGGGUUGCCUAUCACAAGUCCUGUCAGAGGGAGCAAACAGCCCUCGAUAAAGAGAAACAAGCAAACGAAAACUCUGAGAUGAGUCCAGAGAAAAAGCAGAAAAUCACAGAUGCCAGAGAGAAGGCCUCAGAGGAGAAAGAGAAGAGUAGAGAGCACUACGAGAAAGUGCUGGAGGAUGUGACGUCUUACACACCUCGCUAUAUGGAGGAGAUGGAAGCCAUUUUUGAACAGUCGCAGGAGGAGGAGAGGAAGAGGAUCAGCUUUCUGAAGCAGGUCUUCCUCUCCAUCCACAGACAUCUUGACAUCACCAACAAUGAGAGUGUGAAGGCAGUGUACAGUGAGCUCCACCACACUCUGAUGUCCAUCAAUGAUCAAGAUGAUGUCAAAUGGUGGAAGAACAACCACGGUCCUGGCAUGCCCACCAACUGGCCAAAGAUUGAGGAAUGGGUCCCACCAGUAAAAAAGCUAAACAGAAAAAAGAGAGACCAGAAAAGAAAAGAGGGCCGACCCGUGAUGAUUGGGGGUGUGAAGGUGCGAGCUCUGUACGACUACGUGGGAGAGGAGGGUGAUGAGCUGUCCUUUAAAUCAGGUGAAGUGUUCCUGAAGGUCGAGGAGGAGGACGACCAGGGUUGGUGUCGAGGAGUCCUGAGUGGAGGGAAGGAGGGCUUCUACCCAGCAAAUUAUGUUGAAGUUGCCGAGUGAUGCCACACUGUCUAAUAUACUACGUCCUAAACUUAUUUCUCACAAAGAGUUAGUUUUCAAAUCUUCUAAAAAUAACAAUUAUUAUUAUAUUAUAUGUUGUCACACUGAUUUUGAGUUAAUGUCAUAUAUAAUUUGUUCCCAGCCAUUUUUGAAAUGUAAAAUAUGUUAAGGCCUUAAUAUUCUAACCUACUUUGAGUACUUCUGCAAUAAGAAUUAACUUAUCAAAGACUAGAAUGUACUGUUUGUGCAGGAGCUGUAUGUGUAUAUGUGUGAGUAUGUACGUGCGUUUGCAUGUAUGUGUGCACGUUAAGACGCAACAAAGGAGAAUAAGAGAGGUUAUUUAUUUACUACCAUCAUGUCUGAGUCAACAGGUCAAAUGAAACAUCAGGUUUACCCAGGCACAGGUUUACUAUGAUUUGUGCACACAAGGUUAAUGUUUACUUAAAAAGUAUUAUAUAGAAGCACACAGAAGUGACUUUGACUGAGAGAGUGGAUUUUCAAAAUAAAAGUGUAAUUUUUUUGCCUCUAA